GCAACGAAUUAGGAGGCACGGAAAGAAGACUCGCUUUGAGGCAGCCCAACUUCGAGGUCGUGCGAGAGCGCGUUAGAAACCCAUUUUGCUUCUUCUAGGCUAAAAUUACUGCUUAGAGCUGUAAGUCAAGCCACAGCGUAUGCAUGCACAUAUUUUCGCGACAUGCCUUCCGCGGACUUGAGCUGUUGAGUGAUGCUUUGCAAAAUACAGUCACAGGAUAGAGGAUCUGCGUAUACCUGAAGUCUUGAGCGUGCAGGAGCGGUGCGGCCAUGGCUCAGCCGGAGACGCUGCACCAGGUGCUGGCACAGCCCGCGGACGCAAGCCGCGUCAAGCAGCUGCAGACCGUGCACGAGGCCAUCACGGCCAGCCUGUCAGGCCAGCAGCCCGGCGCGCGCGUGGGGCUGGAGACAUUGGUACUAUGUGCAGAGGCAGCCCUCAAGGUCGGCAGCCUGGAUGUGGCGCAUGACUGCCUGGAGCGAUACUUCCUGGAGCAGCGCAGGUACACGGUGGGCAUGGCCCCGGUGGAGCUGCGCGACCAGUACCUGUGCCGGGCGCACUUCGCACGGGGGCUGCUGGUGUCGGAGCGCUCCAAGGGGCUCAAGGGCAAGGCGCUGAUUGACGGCACGCUGGAGGGCGUGAAGCACGUGAUGGCGGGUCUGGAGGUGGCGGCGGCCAACCAGCCGCGCUACCAGUUCCUGGUGUACAACGCCUCCGUGCACCACUGGCGUGUGGUGGCGCCGCUGCACCGGGACGGCCUGAGGCACCACCUGCUCGCCUCCACGGACCGCGUGGUGCAGGCUCUUGACAAGGUCCCGGGGCACGAGGAGUGGAAGGUGCGCAUCUACACCGCCCUGGCGCUCUGCCAGUCAGACGCCGCGACUGUGGCCGCAGCGCAAGCGGAGGCUGCCGGAGGGAAGGCGCCCGCCAAGGGCGGCGGUGGCGCCGCCGCCACGCACGACGAUGCCGCCAAGACGCUGCAGCGGGCGUACGACACGGCAGCUGCCGCGAAGCUGACGGAGCUGCAAAAGGACGUGGCGCGGCUGCAGGUGCACUUGGCCACGCUGGCGGCGGCAGCGGGCGGCAAGGGAGCCAAGGCGGGUGGCGGUGGUGCCGCCGGCGGUGCGGGCAAGCCGGGCGCCAAGGGCGCUGCUGCGGCGCUGGAUGAGGAGGGCGCGCUGCGUCUGAUCCAGGCGGUGCUGACGGGCCGGCCGGACCGCGCCGUUGCGGAGCAGCAGCUGCGGGAGGCGGUGGCCAAGGUGGACCCCAAGGGCCCCGACGGCCCCGUGAAGGGCGCGCUGCUGCGGCCCGUGUCGCGCGCCGCCUGGGCCGCCGCGCUGGCCGGGCUGCCCGAGCUGGCGGAGCGCUGGGCCAGCCGCGCCGCUGCCUCCAGCGACAGCGGCCCGCGCACCUGGAGCGACAUGACGCGCGUGCAGCUGGCGCUGCAGGCGCUGGGCCCCGCGGGCGACACCUCGCUGGCGCCGGUGGUGGUGGCGGCGCACGUCAAGGCUCUGGAGCAACUGGAGGACGUGCUGACCACCUUCACCAAGCUGGCUGACGUGGAGGGCAUCCACGCCGCCGCGCGCCUGGCCUGGAACGCCGGCCUGCUGCUGCUGCAGCCGGGGCUGCGCAAGCACGUGAAGCGCGCCUUCAACGCGGCGGCGCGCGCGCUGGCGGUGGCUGCCAGCCCGCUGACGCGGCUGCGCGCGGCGCUGCAUCUGGAGGCGGGCAAGUGCGACGCCGCGGAGGAGGCGCUCAUCAAGGCUGGCCAGGAGGUGGGCAAGGCUCUUGCGCUGGACUACCUGCCGCCGCCCGCCGAGGCCGCCGCCGUGCCCUGGCUGGCGCGGCCGCUGGACCGCUGGGCGGCGCCGCUGGCCCGGGCGCUGGCGCUGCGCACCUCGGCGGAGCCAGCCAACCCGGAGGAGGAGGCGGUGUCUCUGAUCGAGCGCAGCAAGGAGAGCCGCAACCCCGCCAUCAAGUCCGACCUGCUAGCUCGAGCCCGCGAGAAGCUGCGUGACCUGCCGCACCCGCCGCCGCCCGCGCCCACCGACCCGCCCGGCCCCGACCGCGACGCCGCACACGCGGCGGCCCGGCGGCGCACCGCUGUGUGGGCCGAGCUGAUGCGCUCCGCCGCCUCCAGCCGCAUGGACGAGCACGUGCUGGCGGCGGCGCCGCACGCGCUGUGCGUGUCCUGGGACCCCGCCGUGGACCGCGAGAUGGUGCUGCUGCAGGCGCAGCUGGCGCACUACGAGGCGGAGGCGGCCAUCAGCGCGCUGAGGCGGCGGCGGGCCGACAUCAGCCCGCCCACGCGGCCCUCGCCGCCCGAGGUGGACGGCGAGGGGGUGCGGCAGCCGCCCGCCACCACGGAGCAGCUGCAGGAGCUGGUGGUGCAGGCCUCGGUGCGCUCCAUGCGCGGCGCCAUGUCUGUCAACGAGCCCUGGCUCACCCUCAACAACGCCGUGCAGCUGUACAAUGCCGCGCUGCCGCUCAUGCAGCAGCACAGAUACGCCGACCUGUACCGCUGGCUGCGCCCCGUGGCGGAGGCGCUGGUGGCGCUGCCAGUCGCCGACAGCGACGGCCCGCUGGCUGUCGCCGUGGCAGAGGCCCUGGGCCGCGCCGCCGAGCACCGGCUGCUGCUGGCCACCCUGCGCGCCAAGGCCGCGCGCGACGCCGGCCAGGAGCUGGAGGACGACGACGACGAGGACUCCCUGGACGAGGACGGCAACCCGCCGCCCGCAGGCGACGCCGGGCCGCACUUCAACCGCCGCUCGCCCGCCUACAAGCCGCUGCCGGACGCACGUGUGGCGGCCAGCGGCCUGGACCCGCGCGGCUUCCCGGCGCUGGCGCGGCUGCUGGCGUCGAUUGGCACGGUGACGGCGGUGGCGGAGGCGGCGCUGGAGCGCGCGGGCGGCGCCUCCACGCAGGGGCUGUUGGAGAUGUACGCGCGGCUGCAGCAGUACCGCGGCGUGAGCUCGGGCCUGCCGGCGGGUGCGGCUGCGGCGUCCGCGGCCACCAGCCGUGUGGUCAGCGCCAUCGAAGCGCUGUCGUCCGCCAACAGGGUGAACGAGGAGAAGCAGCCCGCGGGCGCCGGCGCGGAGAAGGGCGGGGGCGACAAGGGCCGCAAGCCGCACGGCUCGCUGGCUGCGGACGCGGCGGCGGCCAUUGCGCUGCUGCGCGCGCUGCCGGGCGGGCCGCCGCUGGAGCUGUGGGCCAAGAUGGCGCGCGCGGUUGCGGAUGCAGGCGUGUGGCCCGCUGCGCUGGAGUGCUCGGCGGCGGCUCUGGCGGCGCUGCCUGGCGCCGGCCGCGACCUGGACGUGCUCCGACUGGAGGCGCCCAGCGACGUGCCCGAGAUGACGCCCGCGGGCUGGUUCUGGGCCUCCGUGGCGCUGAGCGUGCGCGCCGCGGCGCUGCUGACGCUGGUGGACCUGCCCAGCCAGGGCGCAGCCACGGCGCUCACGGUGCGGCGCGAGGCGCUGCUGCACGCGGCGCAGGCGGCCCGCUGCGCGGCCUUUGUGAACAAGGCGGACCUGUGUGAGUCGGCCUGCCGUGUGGCCUGGAACGCCGCCCUGCCCUUCACCACCAAGCCGCUGCUGCGCGCGGCGCUGAUCCGGCCGCUGGGCACCGCGGUGGAGGCGCUCAACCGAGUGGGGCCCGCGGACAAGGGCUUCCAGGUGCGGAUGAACUGCCUGUAUGUGGAGUCGCUGGCCGCCGCCAAGCGCUGGGGCGACGCCGUGGCCGCCUGCGACGCUGCCUCGCGCGCCGUCAAGAGCCGCAGCCUGCACCGGCCGCUGAUGGGCUGGAAGGCGGCGUGCCUGGCCAUGCUGGGCAAGAACGUCAACGCCGAGAUGACAAAGGUCAAGGAGCACCCGCCGGAGGCACAGGCCUACGCCUGGUCGGUGCUGUCGCACCACAGCGCCGCCCGCUACGACCAGAUCGCGGCGCACAAGGCCGCGGGGGAGGCAGUGGAGCACCACGGCUGGCUCAAGGCGGUGGCGCUGGCCGGGUACGCGGAGUGGCUGCUGUCCAGCAGCGACGACAAGGAGGCGGCGGAGGAUGCGCUGCUGGCGGCGGCGGACGCACUGCUGGAGUUCGACACGGGAGACCUGGACGGCGACGGCACGGAUGACGAGGACGACGCCACCAAGGCCAAGCCCCGCAGCCGCUCCGGCGGCGGCUCCAGCUCGGGUCGCGCGGGCGGCGGCUUCCGCCGCGUGCUCAGCCGCAGCUACAGCCGCGGCGGCGGCGGCAGCGCGGACGGCGCGCGGCCCAGCGAGGGCGGCGAGGGCGCGGGUCCGGCGGCGCCCGACCCCAACCGUGUGCCCGAGGAGCUGGGGUCCACGCACCUGGAGCGCCUGGCUCGGCUCUACGUCAUGGCGUGUCAGGCCGCGCCCAACGCCACCGACCACACGGACUACAUGCUGGCGGCGCACCACAACUUCAUGCGGCUGCUCACGCAGGCGCUGCACAGCGCGGCGCACACAGCCUUCGUGGCGGCGCGCGACUCGUACAACGGCGAGGUGGCGGCGGCGGCGCUGGAGGGCCGCGACCCGCCGCCCGAGACGCCGCUGCCCAAGCCCUACGCAGUGGUGCCCGACACGCUCAUUGGUUGGGGCACGUGGCAGAUCACGCCCGAGCUGCUGGAGACGCUGGCCUCGGACGCCGCCACGGGCGCGGUGACGGCGCUGUCUCGCGAGCUGCUGCCGCAGGCGGAGCUGACGCUGGCCUAUCUGGAGCUGCUGCAGGCCUGCCUGCGCGCGCGCGGCUACCACUGCCACUGCCUGGGGCUGGCGCAGCUGCAGCGCGUGCUGGCGCGCAUGGUGCUGCGGGACGAGGGCAUGUAUGUGGCCACCAGCCUGGGCCUGGUGGCGGCGCUGGACGAGCUGGGCCUGAGCCGCGAGGCGGGCGAGGUGGAGGCGGCGCUGGGCGACGUGGCGUGCAUCGGGCCGCAGGAGGAGGCGCAGGCGGCGGAGCAGGCCGCGCUGGCGGACCUGGUCCUCGCCGCAGCAGGCAAGCUGGAGGCCGCACGGCCGCGCUCGGCACUGGCCGUGGGCCGGCUGUCCUUCCUCGCCGGCGGCGUCCGGAGAGCCAACAAUGCAGCCAACGCCGCCGCGGCGGCGCCGCUCCCGCCUGUGGCGGCCGCCAGCCAGGCCGCGGCGGCGGCUGACGCCGCCGCCGCGGCGUCAUUCACGGCCGCCGGAGGCGGCCGCGGCGGCCGCGAGUCGCCCUCUCCGCACGAUGACGGCAUUCACUACAUCGGCGGCCCGGCGCCUGGGGACUCGCAUGGCCAGCUGCCGGAGUGGAUGGAGGACGCGGCUCGCGAGCUGGGCAAUGUGGACCUGGCGGGCAGCGCGGGUGGGCUGCUGAGCCACGUCAGCGGCCAGCUGCUGCUGCGGCCCUUCACACUGCAUGACGUGUGGCUUAAGAAGGGUGACUACCUGCUGCGGCGCGGCCACUACGCCGCCGCGCGGCAGCUGCUGUCUCGCGCUCGAGCACACGCGGCCGACUGCGGCAACCGCGAGGCUGAGGCGCGCUGCCUGCUGGCGCUCAGCCGCACGGAGCUGGCCGCACACAACCCCGUCGAGGCCGUGGCGCUGGUGCAGGCCGCCCAGCGAUUUGGUGGCGACAUUGACUUCUGGGCUGAGCUGCUGGUGCAGUAUGUGGACUGCCGCCUGGCGGGGGCGCACUCCACCACCUCGGACGCACGAGAGGCGCUGCAGGGCGGCAUCGCCAUGUUCCUGGCCCUGGCCCGCGACGACCGCGCCGCCGAGAAGCCCGCCUCCGCCGCCGGCGCCGUGCUGCGCGUGCGGCUGGCCCGGCUGCUGCUGACGGACAUGGAGAUGCUGCGGGGUCAGGGCGUGAGCACCUGGCGCAAGAGCUACGACGGCGCGGUGACGCUGGUGAACCAGGCCAUCAUGGCGCUGGCGGCGCGGGAGGCGGGCCUGCCGCACAUUGAGGCGCUGCUGGUGCAGGCGGAGCUCAUGCUGGCGGAACCCACCCACAUCAAGGACCUGCGGCCGCGGCUGAAGAAGGUGGAGAAGGUGUUGUUGGCGGCGGAGGAAAUGGCGGUGCGCUUCCACGCCGAGGCCACCCCACGCGACCUGGCGCCGCGCUGCGUCACGCCCACUGCGCGGCUGCUGGCGUGCGUGCGCUGCCGGCUGGCGGAGGUGCAGCUGGCGGCGGCGGAGGAGCGGGAGCGGCUGGCGGGGGCGGACCGGGAGAAGGCGCGGCCCAAGUUCCCGCACAUGAGGGGCAAGCGCGACGUGCAGGUCGUAAUCGACUUCAUUGAUGAGGCCGGCGGCGCGCCGCCUGCACCGCCCGGGCUUCUGCCCGAGGACAGCGCUCUGGCCCUGGCCACUGGCGCCGCCGCCCUGGUGGCCGCCGCGCCGCGCGACCGCGCCCGCGCCCUGCUGAUCGCCGGCCGCUGCCUCGCCUUCAAGUUCAUGAUGGCGGCGCCUGAGGCACUGGACCCGCUGCGGCCCUUCGUGCCGCCGCCCAAACCCCCCGGCGCGCCCAAGCGGCCGCCGGCGGGGGCCGAGGAGGAGGAGGACGAGGAGGGGCCGGAUACAGCGGCUGCAGACGCAGCUGCCGAGGCGGCGGAGGCGGCGGCGACGCCCGAGGGAGCGGCGGCGUUGCGGCUUCAAGCGCAGGCGGCGGCGAUGCUUUCCUCCGCCCUCGCGUCUGCCACGUCCGUGCAGGACUGGGCCCUGGGCGAGCAGUGCGCUCUGGCUCUGUCCACGCUGUACGGCCAGCUGUCGCCGGGGCUGGCCUGCCGCUCGCUGGCCGCCGCACAGGCCUGCCGCGCGGCGGCGGGCGGCCAGGCGCUGCUGCGGGCCGCGGCGCCGGCGCAGCAGCCCGAGGUGCUGGCGCUGGCGCAGCGCGACAAGCUGUCGGAGGUGCUGCCCGCGCCGCAGGACAACGUGCACUACUCGGCUCUGCGCCGCAUGCUGUCGGGGCUCAAGGGCGCCGCCGCGCGCCUGGACGCCGCAGCCGCGCCGCCCGUGGAGCAGCAGCUGGCGGCGCUGCCGCAGGACCUGCGUGUGCUGAUGCUGUACCUGUCCCCGGACGGCGGCCGCCUGUACGCGGCAGCGCUCAACAUUCCCGACGCCACCGCUGAGCCCACGCCGCCACUCAACGCCGAGAAGAGCAAGAAGAAGACGGACGCCUCCGCGCCCGCGGCCGCCGGCCCGCGCCUGUCGCUACUGCACGUGGUGGAGGUAGACCCGGCGGCGGUGGAGGCGCUGGUGGCGGAGUGCCGCGCCUACCGCCGCGGCGUGGAGCGGACCCUACGCGAGGCCAUCGCGUCUGCGGCGGCCAAGGGCGUUGGCGUGCCACCUGAGGAUGACCGGCCCGACAGCCCCUCCAAAAAGGGCAAGAAGCCAGGGUCUGCCACCAAGCGGCCCGGCAGCAAGCAGGGACCAAAGUCGGGGCCGGGCGCCGCCGCGGCGGCGGCUGCCGCCGCCGCUGCCGCGGGCGAGGCGGGCAAGGUGCAGGUGUUUGACUCCCGCCUGAACGAGGAGUGGAGCGGCAUCCUGGAGCAGUUUGAGGAGUGGCUUGCGCCGCUGGCGCCCUGGCUGGAGGCUGCGGUGCCGGCGCUGCCGCUACCGCCGCCCGGCAGCCCGGACGGCAAGAAGGAGAAGAAGGACAAGAAGGAGGCGGCGGGGCCGACCAAGCACAAGGUGGCUCUGCUGCUGGACCCGGCCCUCCAGUCACUGCCCUGGGAGGCGGCGCGCCACCUGGCCACCACCUGCUCCGAGGUGUCCAGGUCACCCAGCCUGCAGGCCCUGGCCGCCUGCCACACGCUGCCUCGCGCGGACUCGGCAGCCGCGUCCGAGCACGCAGCAGCCGCAGCAGCCGCGCCCGCCGCACUGCCGCCGCUGGACCUGGGCCGCCUCACGGUCAUCGUGGACCCGCGCCACGAGUGCUCCACCGCACAGCAGGCGCGCGGGCCCUACACGGCGCAGCUCAUACCCGCGCUCUCGGCGCCCGAGCUCACGCAGGUCCUGCCCGCCGCCUCCUGGUGGGGUCCCGGCGGCCCCGGCGGCGGCCUGGAAGGCGUGCCCGGCCGCGCGCCCUCGCCCGACACCUACGCCUCGCUGCUGGCGGGCCAGGCCACCGGAGGCCCCUGCACGGGGCUGCUGUUCCUGGGCGUGGGCCGCUUCGCCGCGCACGUGCCGCCGGCGGUGCUGGCCUCGGCGCCCCUGGGCGGCUGCGAGGCGGCGCUGCUGUUCGACCGCUGCAACACGGACGACGCGUACUGGGCGCAGCUGUACCGCGACAACCGCAAGAGCGCGGAGCAGAGGCGGCUGGAGAGCCCCGGCCGCGUGGCCACACUGCUGCUGGCCAAGGGCGUCAGGACGGUGCUGGUGAUGUCGGCGGCGGCGCCGCCUGCUGCUGUGGUGAAGCUGAUGCAUGGUGUGAUGGCGGGCCUGGCGGCGGGGCGGGUGCUGGGCGAGGUCGUGUACUCGCUGCUCACCGGCGGCGGCGGCAGUGGCGGGGCUGGCGCUGGUGUGCUGGAUGAGUUUGAGCUGGCGCACCUGAGGGCCUGCCUACAGGUGUGGGGCGCGCCGGGGCUUCUGGGUGCGGUGCUGACGCAGGGCAACAAGGCAGCCAAGGGCGCCAAGAAGUGAUGCGGGGGAUGGCGGGGUUCGUGGGGUGCAGUGGUAAGUAUCAGUGUGCUCUGUGCUGCUCGUGCCAUGGGCGUCUGUGGUAGUGCGCCAUUGUAAGCGCCGCAGGCUGGCUGAAGAUACGCGGACUACCAUGUUAUAGGCUCACGGGUGACAAGGCUGCGCGAGGAGGGGAAACUUGCAUUCAUCAUUCUUGUAGAUUGUACUGGCCGCGGCGGAAGGCCCAGGCCUAUAACAUGGAGGUCAUGCAAUACUGACGUUUCGCAAGUGUGUAGUGUAGAGUGUCUCUAUGGCGGCUCGUGGUGUGGAGUGGCAUAGUCACUCAUAGUCCUCAAUCGUGCACCACAGUGAGAUAGCGACCCCCCGCCCCCCAUACUGAAGGGGAGUCUGGCCUGCAGCUGAUUAUCAUCGUAUGUUGCUAGCUGCGGUCAGCCUGCUACUUGGAGUGGCGGCUUACGACCUGAAACUUGCACUCGGUGCGCUUCUUGCCGUCCCACGACCACACACGAUACGUAAGCAGCAAAGCCAGGCUAAGUGCCGCCUGAGCACGGCGUGCAUCUGUACGAGCCUCGGGCCCUCAGCACAGCCACACACCUUCGUCCACGCUGCACACAGCAGUGGCUGCGAGGCAUGAAAGGCUCGAAAGAAGCAUCAAAAGCCAGGCGCUAGGCCCUCAUCAAGACCCGCACGUUGGCACAAUCAAACAUCCCGCAUCACAAAGCGCUUUACUCAACACACUCCUUUCUGGGCAUCCACUCGCGUGCUGAAGCAGGCUUGGCCCCAGC